AUGGAUCCUGUGUUUGGCCAACAAAUACAGAGUUCCGCCGAGGUUACUGUUCACCUAACCCUUUCACAAACCGAAUCUGGGCCAAUCACCCAUGAUCCAGCGAGCGCCUGCAAAAAAGAGUGCGAGCACGAUCACCUAGACGAGACUAAUCGUAGGUCGUGGUCAAUGAGCGAGGAAUGUUCAGAUAUUCAGGAAAAAGCACGAGAAAACACAGUGUUGGUAAGUGGUGAGAAAGGAAUACAGCAGCCACUUGCUUUGUGCGAUAAAAAAGUAGAAGGAAAAGAUUACGUAUACGCUGUUGUUCAUAAAGAAAGAAAAGGCGGAGCCAGUUCUGGAGCAAGCACUCUCAAAAAAUCAUCGGACCGCCCUCAGGAAGGAACAGGUUUACCUGUGAACCGGAGGUCCUGUGUCGAUUGUGAUGAUCGUUCGUCGCAUCCAACUGAUUUAGGACUCGACAAAAACACAGAGGCUGCAGAGAGCGAGACACCUCAGGCUGGCGGGAACAGUGAAUAUUUGUACGCAGCUGUUGACAAGACAAAGAAGAAAACGCCACAGAAGCCCCCUCCAUACCGUGGUCUUGUGUACGCUGAUCUGGUCCAUUCCCGAGAAAGUAGCGCAAAGUUUGUCAAAGAACGGUCCCAAACAGUAUACGCCCAAAUCGAUCAUGCCAAGACAGCAAGCGUGAUGAUAUCGCAGCACAAUCUGGAGGGAAAAAAGAAAGGCGAACAUCAUUGA